GUGCCUUUGUACUAUAAUCGCCGCACAGGGUGCUGCGCUCACAGUAUCCGCAGCCAGAGUCUGCGGGAGCCGCUACUGCCGCACAGGCUGCAGAGCGCAGCGGCUUCGCCUUCCCGUCCCCAUGGCAACAGACGCUGGACGGUGGACCGAACCAUGUUGUUCUCCCAUAGGGGGGGAACAGGCUCUGUAUUUCCAUGAAUGGUCUCUCAUGCUGUGUCGCUUGUUCCAUAGACGUAGAGAGCAUGGGGGGAGCAGCCAGUGGCGCACAGGGAACUCAGCGAUGUAUAAAUAGGAGGCAGUGACCAGGAGGUACGAUGUCCCCACCACCAGCAGCACCCCCUCCACCGCCUUAUAAUGGCUUAUUCCGUAACGUUCCCUGGGAUGGGAGAUGGCAGCUCAGUGCUGGUGGAUGGAGGCAAAAUAUAAUGGAAAUGUAUUGAAUAUUACACCAACACUGUUGAUGAUCGGGUUUCUCAUUCUAAGUCAUUGGUGUAUUUUGAAGACCCAACCUUAAGAAGAGUCAGUGCCAGCAAGAUGACUGAGUGGGGGAACGUCUGUGCCCGGAAUCGGGUAAUACCACAGCACAUACAAAGAUGGAAGCAUCGUUCUAUGGAGACGGUGGGACUUCAGAUUUUCCUUGGCACCCUGGAAGGAUUCCCAAAUAAACAGGGGAUUUCGGAAGGAACCUUAGAAGCACAUUAUCAGAUACGACUUUCACUCUUUGAUAUCACUUAUCACCAUUUUUUUGGGCGGACGUGGAAAAGUUUGGAGAAACCCAUGAAAACAAUCACAGGCCAAACAUCGAAGGCUUUCUUCAAUGAGACUAUCUACUUCCACACGUCCCUGAGUGAUCCUGGUGUCGUGGCUGUGGUAGAGGUGGUCGCCAUUACCAAAAAACGAGAUGGGAUGCAACAAGAGUUGUCCUGUGGUUUUGGGCUAAUGAACUUUUAUAACAUCCAAGCAGAGGAGGAUAAAACCAGUCAGAACAAAAGGUUAAACCUUUAUCAUGGAUCACCUCGAGCACUGUUACAUCCAUCCUUUAAGGAUCCAACUGAGUUGAACCGGCAUAUGACGCUGAUUGAGAAGAGCCACAUUCAGUACAACGUGCAGAUACACGGUGGGCUGCAGCAACUUACUCACUUACUUCCCCCAAACAUUCUCGUUUCUGGAUCAGAAAAGAUUCCUGGACUCAUCCCAGUAAGAGACGGGACAGGUGAUGCCUUAAGAAAGCCACACUUGCAGAGGACAAUCACUUGUUACCUUGAUAAACUGUUCUUGUUGCUGUAUCCAUCAUUGGAGAAGUUUGAAGAAGAACUGAUAGCCCUGGUUAAUAAUGACCGAUUACCGAAGGUGAACGCCAUGAUUGAUGGGACCGCUGUGUUAAUACAAGAACGAAGACUACACAUUGGUGUCCAUAAUGGCUGGGGGUAUGUGCAGCAGCCACAAGUUGUGGUCGUUGUUCCAGAGAACAGAAUAAUGACCGGACAGUCUACUUUCAGCAUAAAGAAAAGACAACCCAGCAAUCAAACAGUAAGCUCUGCCGGCCAAGCUCUGGUAUUAAGGAGCCGUAUGCGUCUCCCUGAGAUGGUCAAUGACCCUGGAUUUGCCAUAGUCUUUCAGCUGGAGUACGUCUUCUGUGCACCCAGUGGAGGCAGCGGAAAGAUGCCGCCAGCCACAGCGCUGUCUAACACUGCGUACAUGCGUAUGAUACGCUGGGCUUCCUGGAACCCUCUGUUAAGCCCAGGAUCUACAGAAGUGACCUUACCUUUACAAGGAGGACCUUAUGCUAACCCCUGUAAUAACCUUGCAUAUAAGAUCCCACCAACUAGUAUGAGCUCAGACCAGGUGCAGCAGGUAGAAGCCGGAACGCUGUGUUUUAGCUUCAGCGUCCGAUCGGAACAACAGUUAGAGGACACAGCAGAAUCCAUGGACAGUUUUUCUGAGGAACUUCUACAGUCCAAGAAAAAAGGAGCCUUGGUUAACGCAAAGACGCUGGUUACAAAUCCUAUUUCCCUUCAAGAAACUCAAAUGGGACCUGCAUUGUCAAUAUCCCAGCUGACUGCAUCUUCUCGUUAUCCAACCAUAAGUCACUCAUCUAAAGUGUCUCUGCAGCAAGUCCCCAGGCAGCUCCUGCCUUCACCGAUGGCCUAUCAGCUAUCUCAUGCAGAAUUCCCAGGUGUGAGUGGAAUAACGCACCUUGAGGCAGAUAUGGGUGACAGUAAUCAGGAGGUGGCCACUGCGGAGCAUCUACAAGAGCUCGUCUUUUCUCCUGUUCACGCCCCAAUUGUUGCAAUGGGAACUCAGACCGGAAGCACCACCUCCACCCUGUCUCGAGCCACCUUGGCGCGACUCUACUCCGUUGGUUUCCCUGAUAUAUUUGACUGCAAUAAGGAGGUUGCAGAGGUGAUUGAUCCAUCCAGUCCAGUGAACUUUAAUCCCCAGCGAGAAGAAGCUGAUUAUCUGCAGUGUAAUGAAAUAGUUCUGCAGUUUCUGGCCUUCAGCAGUGUGCAAGAGGACAACAUCUCAACACACUGGCCCCAGACCAUUUACUUCACCUUCCAGUUUUACCGUUUCCAGCCCGUAACCACCCCACGGCUACAACUUGUUCAAAUGCAUUCUUCCAGAGUGUCCCGUUCUGAUACACCAGCCCGUGUUUUACUGCAGAUCAACAAGGAUGGUUCUAUAAACUCAGGGUCUCCUGGGUAUCAGCUGAAGUAUAUGGUGGAUCCUGGGUUCCUGAAGCCUGGAGAACGGCAAUGGUUUUUACGUUACUUGGCUCUUCACACUCUUCAAGUUGACGUUUGGGACGGAGAGUCGUUGCUUCUUAUUGGCUCGGCUGCUGUAGAGAUGAAGCACUUACUGCGUCAGGGUCGGACAGCGGUGCAGGUGUCUCAUGAGUUGGAAGUCAUCACAACGGAGUAUGAGCAAGAGACGAUGGUCAUGAGUGGGGAUGUCUCAAAACAAGGGGUGGUCAAACCCAUUGGAGUUCACACCGUCAUCAAAGGCAGACUCCACCUGCGCAUGGCGAAUGUUGGACACCUUCCGGACCAAAAAUUAAAGCGAUCCAACACUCUUCCAGUGCCAAAGUCUCGUAUCAUCACGGCACAUGAUGGCAGGAGCAGUUUUCGCGGAGGCAGCUUGAUUUCAAAUAUAUCUCUGGGCACAGGGAAAAAUAUCUCCCAGGCACUGAAGUUGGCUGAUUUAGACAGUGAAUUGGCAGCAAUGUUGUCCAGCCGCAUGAAAGAGGCCAGCGUUGCAUACCAGCAGCCUAACAGCGAGGCAGAUGUCACUCACAGGCGUAAAAUGGAGAGGAUGAUGGCGGUAAGACAGCAAGAGUCGCAUCAGGACAAUACAAUGAGAUCAGUCAGGCUGUCGCAACACGAGGAGCGCAGUCAGCACACCAGAGAUUUGCAGAUCAUUGAAGCAUACAGAGAGCGCACCAAAGCGGAGUGUAUCUCUAGCAUGCUGAAUCAGGCCAUUACCUCAAAUUACACUGUCUAUGCUACGCUGGGCACUGCAGAAUUCUUUGAGUUUCAGCUUAAAAAUCCUUACAACAUCCAGUACACAAUAUCUAUUGAGACUGAUAACAUGGACCUCAGGGUCAUUACGGAUACACAGGAAUGGAGGCAUUUUAAACAACUAACAAAUACGCAGACACCUCUAGAAGAAAAUAUGUUUCAUCUACAACAGCAGAGUGAUACGCCCCAGCUCUACCUGCGGCCCAAGGAGACAGUCUAUAUCCCAUUUAAAUAUCAGACUUUCUGCGUGAGCUACAUCCCCAUGUUGCAGAAUCCUGGCACAACUGAUUUGCAGAAACACUCUGACGGGUUUCCACAGUACAAGUUAAACGCCAUGUCUUCUAAGCGGAUAAAGGUGUCAUUCAGGGCACACGAUGGGAAACCCAUUGCCAUGCUCCAAGUGAAUGUUGAGCCUCAGCCACACGUUGUUGAUCAGACAUUUCGAUUUUAUCACCCGGAACUGACAUUCUUGAAAAAAUCCAUCCGGCUGCCGCCAUGGUACACUCUUCCAGGGGCCCCUGUUGGAACGCCUGGUACGGAACCCGACCUUUACGUAUGCAGCAGCGACCCCAAUAUUAUCUGUGAUACAAAGAAACUGGGCCCUGGAGAACCUCAAGACGUGUUUUUAAAAGUUGCUGGAGGACCGAGCCCACAGAUUAAAAACUUCUUUGUUGCACUUUAUACGGAUCCCUGGCUCGCUGCUCCGAUUCAGAUUUGGCAGAUCUAUGUGCAUUCCCUGAAAAGAGUGGACAUCAGCUGCGUAACCGGCCAGUUGACCCAAAUGUCUCUGGUUCUCCGUGGUACACAGGUGGUGCGGAAAGUGAGAGCAUACAGUUCCCACCCACAAGAACUAAAGGUUGAUCCAGAGAGCGUGUUUGUGCUCCCCCCAAAUGGAAUACAAGACCUUCACAUCGCUUUGCGCCCCUACAAAGCCAGCAGCAAAUUUAUCUAUCUGAAUUUAGUAGACGUUGAUCAACACCAGCUUGUGGCUUCCUGGCUGGUUUGUGUAUUAAGCCGAAAUCCAAUCAUUUCUAAGGCUUUUGAGAUAACAAUUUCUGGUGGAGAAAAGGGCUGUAACAAGAGGAUCACCUACACCAACCCGUAUCAGAGCAAGAGGGUGUACUCCCUGCAUACAAACAGGCCAGAUCUCCUGCAGUUCAAGGAGAACACAUUCCAGGUGUCUGCGGCCGAGACGUACACUAUAGGUCUGCGCUUCGCCCCCAGCGAGAGCAGUGGACUGGAAGAAAUCCUGAUCUUUAUCAAUGACCAGGAAGAUAAAAAUGAAGAGACGUUCUGCGUGAAGGUCAAAUAUGACAAACAAAUAAUAAAAAAAAGCUCUUUCAAGGUUUAGAUAGGAUUGAAACUGAAUAAUGAAAUUGGAAUCUGUUUUUAUUUUGGACAUUAACGCACAAAGAGAGAAAAUUAUUUGCAUCUGUUCCGUCAUCAGUUUACAGUUGGUUAAUUGGAUGCCAAGGACACAAUGCGCAUCUGUGUGUGUAUAGGUAUUUGACUUUGAAAAGUUCUAGGUUGCGUUUUGUGCUAAAAAAUCUCUAAUGCCUUUUAAGUAAAUGUAUUUAUAUACCCCAUGACAAUUUAGUUUUAUAUUGUAUCAAAUCUAUAUUUUUUUAAAGAUGUUUGCACUAAAAAUGAUUGUGUUUGUUUUAUAUACCGUUUUUCAAAAUAAAGUAUUUUGCAAUUAAAUUAAUUUUACUUAAA